AACAAUCCAAAGUCCGAUCCAAACUCCGACCCAAGAAACGCCGAGGACUCGUCGCCUCAACGCGUGAGCGAGUGCCUUGCUAAAUUCCUUCUUGGUUCUUCUCUGUACAAUUUCGUGAAGAUCAUUCGUGAGGCAUGGAUUACGGAUUACAAGAGGGCAGUAGGGUCCUCAUCUUGUGGGACGGACAGGUCAAGGCGGACGUGCUGACCGAGCUCGUCAGAAGGAUUCAAGCAACUGUGAAAGAUGACAAACUUUGCCAAGUGGAGAACUCGCAACAGCUUGGCAAGUCACAUCAUCAAACUUCUAGCUUUGACGCAGUGCUCCUUGGAGCUGUGACACCGGACAUGAGGCCAACAUCCGACUGUUUAGUUGAUCUUCUGAGUUUGCUGAAACCUAACGGAAAACUAUUUCUGCAACUUACUAAAACAGAUUUGGACUGCGAUAAGCUAGUUUAUAACCUGAAGCUUUCAGGCUAUGUUGAUGUUUCUAUGGGCUCAAGCACUGAUCUUGUGGAAAUCAAGUGUUCUAAGCCAAAUUACGAAAUGGGUUCCUCUUCAAAGCUGCCAUUUUCUUCCGCUGUUUCAAGCAACCAGAAAUCUUCUGCUGAUGUAAGCAAAAUCUGGUCGCUCUCUGCACAAGACGUGCUUGACAGAGAUGUGGAGCUUGUUGAUCCAGACCAGCUCAUCAGUGAGGAAGAUUUCAAAAAACCAGACCCAAGUACACUUAAAGCGUCUUGUGGAGGCGAGAAGAAACGCAAGGCCUGCAAAAACUGUACUUGUGGCUUGGCUGAGGAACUUGACAAAGAGGCAGCUGCCAAGGUUCAGCCUAAAUCUUCCUGUGGGAAUUGUUACCUGGGCGACGCUUUCCGGUGUGCCAGUUGCCCGUACAAAGGCCUGCCUGCAUUCAAGCCAGGAGAAAAAAUUGUCCUGUCUGAAGACCAGCUGGCAGCUGAUUCCUAGAUGUGUUAGUAAUGGUGAGGGGACAGGUCACUUAGUGAACAUUUUAUCCAAUAAAUGGGCUGUGUGGCGAGGAACUGUGUAGAGGAAAGUAGCCUUGCUGAGCAGCGUUUUCUAAAUAAAGAGAUGUGGCCUACA